AUGCCUUUGAGACGAACGAGAAACGCAGGAAAUGCCCAGAUUAAAGAGCAGCAGAGUCGGGAGAUGCGGCAGAGCAGACUGGCUCUGUUCAUUCAGCAGUUUGAGAAAGAAGCGCAAGAGCGCAUGAACGAGCUGGAGGCCAAAACGGAGAACAUGCUGGCCACAGUUGACAAAGUCUUUAAAGUGGAGCUGAUGAAGAUGCCUCCUUCUCUUCAAAACACGCUCAUAGGAGAUUUAAUAAGCGAGGAGAAAAUCUCUGCAAGUGAGGUAUCAAUUGCCCUGAAGAACGAGUCCCUUGAGAUGCAACAGCCCCUUAAGAGGGCAUCCAUUAAAAGAGUAAAAUCAACUGAUUCUACGCCAAGUCGGUCCAACCCAGUCCAGAGGUCCUCAUCCAAGACCUCUAAGGGAGCAAACGGAACAAAAAGGACCAGAACGUUAGCCGGUAGUAACAGCACUGGAAACCUUAGGGGCUCCACAGUCACUGUCAAGAGAACUCAAAGCCGUGUGACCAAGACCAAUGACCAGACCGUACCGAACAGACGUAAACUCAGGUCUGUCGUCUCUGCUGGAGAUCUACACUGUUCAAUGGCAGCGUCUGCUGCACACAUCACUGUAACCACAGCGCAGGGGCAGACUGUCAGCUUUUCCGAAGAGACCAAGGACGACAUAAACCUGGACUUGCUGGAUGACGUGGCCUGGUGCCAGAUUCAGAAGCUGACGAGUCUGAUGGAUUAUCUGUCCAGGCGAAGUCGCUGCCAGCGAUGAGUGAAGCUGCCUGAACAUCCACUGUGAUGUGAUUUUAUUUUUUUUAUUUUCACUGUGAUUUUGUUACAUCUAAAACUUUUAAUAUUAUGGAAUUCAUUCCUAGAAGUUUGGUUUAACACUUCUCACAAGUAACACUUACACUCUGCCUAUUUUAAAAAAAUAUAAUAAAGCUUAUUUGUGUUAUCCUACGUGACUGUACAAGAUACUUGGAAGAAAUUUUGCCUUUC